UCUACAACUACUGGAACAACAACAUCAACCACUACCCCGCUCUCUACAACUACUGGAACAACAACAUCAACCACUACCCCACUCUCUACAACAACUGGAACAACAACAUCAACCACUACACCACUCUCUACAACUACUGGAACAACAACAUCAACCACUACCCCACUCUCUACAACUACUGGAACAACAACAUCAACCACUACCCCAAUCUCUACAACUACUGGAACAACUAGACAAACCACUACCCCACUCUCUACAACUACUGGAACAACAACACCAACCACUACACCACUCUCUACAACUACUGGAACAACAACAUCAACCACUACACCACUCUCUACAACUACUGGAACAACAACAUCAACCACUACCCCACUCUCUACAACUACUGGAACAACAACACCAACCACUACACCACUCUCUACAACUACUGGAACAACAACACCAACCACUACACCACUCACUACAACUACUGGAACAACAACGCCAACCACUACACCACUCUCUACAACUACUGGAACAACAACAUCAACCACUACACCACUCUCUACAACUACUGGAACAACAACAUCAACC